CUCGCGGCGGAGGACCGAGGCCGCCGCGGACGCCGCUCGCCGCCGCCACGCCGGGCACGAUGGCAGAUAGCCAGGACCACAUUGAGAAACAGGCAGCCGGGGACUCUGCAAGUCCAGAUGCUGUUGAUGCGAGGCCAGACCGGUCCUCGUUUGUAGCAAAACUGUUGAGUAAGAAGAAGAAAAAUGGCUCUGCACAAUCCAUCAGGACUACCCGGGACCGAGUGCCUACAUUUCAAUAUAAUAUGAAUUUUGAGAAGGUGGGGAAAUGUAUCAUAAUAAACAAUAAAAACUUCGACAAAGCGACAGGUAUGGGUGUGCGAAAUGGAACCGACAAAGACGCCGAGGCCCUUUUCAAGUGCUUCCGAAGCCUGGGGUUUGAAGUGGUGGUCCAUAAUGACUGUUCUUGUGCCAAGAUGCAAGAUCUGCUUCGGCGAGCUUCUGAGGAGGACCACAGCAAUUCAGCCUGCUUUGCCUGCAUCUUGUUGAGCCAUGGAGAAGAAAAUGUAAUUUAUGGAAAAGAUGAUGUGAUACCAAUAAAGGACUUAACAGCCUAUUUUAGGGGAGAUCGGUGCAAAACCCUUUUAGAGAAACCCAAACUCUUCUUCAUUCAGGCUUGCCGAGGGACAGAGCUGGAUGACGGGAUCCAGGCUGACUCAGGACCUAUCAAUGACACGGAUGCUAGUCCCCGCUAUAAGAUUCCGGUCGAAGCUGACUUUCUCUUCGCCUAUUCCACAGUUCCAGGCUAUUACUCAUGGAGGAACCCGGGAAGAGGUUCAUGGUUUGUGCAGGCCCUCUGUUCCGUCCUGGAUGAGCAUGGCAAAGACCUGGAGAUCAUGCAGAUCCUCACCAGGGUGAACCACAGGGUAGCCAGGCACUUUGAGUCCCAGUCUGAUGAUCCCCGCUUCAAUGAGAAGAAGCAGAUCCCGUGUGUGGUCACCAUGCUCACCAAAGAACUCUACUUCUGCCAGUGACCCUGCCUUCUACCCAAGGAGCAACAGAUCACUCCUUGGCAAGUCAGAUCCUUAGGAUGUUCAUUAUCUUGAUGCGUUUGAAAGAUUCAGAAAUGUUACGAGAUUUUACUUUCAGGAAAAUUUACUGAUUCAGCAGGGAAGAAACUCCAGGGAUUUCCAAUGCCCUCAGAGUUUUCAGACUUUCUUUGUUUUUCACUCUGUUGCUCAUUUGUUGACUUUGUAAUUUGCCCUGAAGAUCCAUUUCCUGUUGUCAUUUCUUUCUCCUUGUCAUCACACCUAGUUGCAUGCUAUAAAGAUGACUCCUGGGGAAGACUGUGGGCUUUGUCUACUGUGACUGGGGGAGGGGAGGCUGGACAUUUAUGGAGAGUUGGGGGUCCUAUGCCUGGCAAACAGAAUCUCAGUUUAUAUGGGUAUUUAAAAAAAAAAAAGACUGAACAGUUAAAGGGAUAUUCAUUGGCCUCUAUUUGUGGAUAAACUAUGGCCACCCCAUAAUUGGGGUAAUUUUUGGAUUAAGGUAGAUUUUUAUGCAGAUCUUCCCAGGUUACUGAGAGGAGGAAAAGUUUUAAUGAUUCGGGAUCUAUUCCAGAAAACAAAAGCCAUUCUAGGUGUUUCAAUGGAAAGAAUUUAAUACAGGAAAUUUACUCAAUCAGUUGGUAAGACCAGCUGAAUAGCAGAAAGCGGUUUGCUACAGCUGGGACUGAGAAUAGUGCGAGAAAGUAUGGAUUCCUGAGUACUUAAACUGUGAGGGCUGCUUGCUGGGCGCUAGGCCUACCCCAGGGAUUGUGGGAAAUGAGGCCUUGGUAAGAGCAAAGCCACUGCCUGAGAUGGAGACAAGGCUAGAGCCCGAGUCAAACACUGAAAAAUAUCCUAGCCUUUCUGGUCCUUUCCUUGCAUCUUCCACCAGCACCUUCCCAUUCUAACCAUACCUGGAAAUCAGCAGGUGUGGCCUCAGGGAAUUGUGAUUUCAUGUGAUAUGCAGUAGAGCAAGGGAAGAGAGACAGGAACAAGAAACAAAUGUAAGCCUCACCCAUAAUGUGAACAUAAGUAAUUAUAUCCCCUGGUGUCCAACAAUUCAUCUUUUCAAACCUUUAUUCCCCUCAUUUGUCAGAUGCUCAACAGAUGUGCCAAAUAAUUUACUCCCAUUUCAUGUGGAAAAUAAUUUAUUUGAACUUUAAAAUACUUUGAAACUCUUUAGAUUAUUUCAAAGCUUAUCCCAAGUAAACUUUUUGUUACCUCUAAUUUUCUAAGAAGUUUGUAGCAAAGAUUUGGGAACUUCCAUUUUCAAAGUGGUAUUAUCUCUUGCAUUCUUCAUACAUUUCUAUUUUCUCUCAGCCUAAUAACUGGUUAACAAAUGUUCGUAUUUAUUGAUUAAAAUGUGAUUGCUCAAUUCC